UGUUAAGAAAUAUAAUUCAAAUCGAAGCAUCUCGAAGCUAAAGAGGGAGAGGGAGAGGGAGAGAGAGAGAGAGAUUUGGGGAGAGGAGAGCUCAAAUGGAUCGAUCGUCGCGAAAUCGUGGUUUCGUGAUCGUACUAGGGCUGCUUCUUACAGGAUGCUUAUUUGCAUUCUCAAUUGCAAAAGAGGAAGCUACCAAGUUGGGAACCGUCAUCGGUAUUGAUUUGGGCACGACCUACUCUUGUGUCGGUGUUUACAAAAAUGGUCAUGUAGAGAUCAUCGCUAAUGACCAAGGUAAUCGGAUCACCCCAUCUUGGGUGGCUUUCACCGACACCGAGAGGUUAAUCGGUGAGGCCGCAAAGAACCAGGCGGCUUUGAAUGCGGAGAGGACUAUUUUUGAUGUCAAAAGGCUUAUUGGGCGAAAGUUUGAUGAUAAGGAGGUACAGAAGGAUAUCAAACUUGUUCCAUAUAAGAUUGUGAACAAGGACGGUAAGCCAUACAUUCAAGUUAAAAUUAAAGAUGGGGAGACCAAGGUUUUCAGUCCUGAAGAAAUUAGCGCGAUGAUUCUAACAAAGAUGAAGGAGACCGCCGAAGCAUUCCUUGGAAAGAAAAUCAAGGAUGCGGUCAUCACUGUACCUGCAUAUUUCAAUGAUGCUCAGAGACAGGCAACUAAGGAUGCCGGAAUAAUCGCUGGUCUUAAUGUAGCUCGGAUUAUCAACGAGCCUACAGCUGCUGCAAUUGCAUAUGGUUUAGAUAAGAAAGGAGGGGAGAAGAACAUUCUCGUAUUCGACCUUGGUGGCGGUACAUUUGAUGUUAGCAUCUUGACAAUCGACAAUGGAGUUUUUGAGGUCCUCGCAACAAAUGGUGAUACUCAUUUGGGAGGUGAGGACUUUGACCACAGAAUCAUGGAAUACUUCAUCAAACUGAUCAAGAAGAAGCACGGAAAGGACAUCAGUAAGGACAACAGGGCUCUCGGCAAACUGAGAAGAGAAUGUGAGCGUGCGAAGAGAGCUCUAAGCAAUCAACACCAAGUCCGGGUAGAGAUCGAGUCCCUAUAUGAGGGUCUGGACUUCUCCGAGCCGCUGACCCGUGCCCGGUUCGAGGAGUUGAAUAAUGACCUGUUCAGGAAGACAAUGGGGCCAGUGAAGAAGGCCUUGGAAGACGCUGGAUUGGAGAAAAACCAAAUUGAUGAGAUCGUUCUCGUCGGAGGCAGUACUAGGAUUCCAAAGGUUCAGCAGCUUCUCAAGGACUUCUUUGAUGGGAAGGAGCCGAAUAAGGGAGUGAACCCGGAUGAGGCGGUUGCUUAUGGUGCAGCUGUUCAGGGAGGCAUCCUCAGUGGCGAGGGUGGCGAAGAAACUAAAGAUAUUCUCUUGCUGGAUGUUGCUCCUCUUACCCUUGGGAUCGAGACCGUCGGUGGAGUGAUGACCAAACUGAUUCCCAGGAACACUGUGAUCCCAACAAAGAAGUCGCAAGUUUUCACCACCUAUCAGGAUCAGCAGACUACCGUCUCCAUUCAGGUUUACGAGGGUGAACGAAGUCUCACAAAGGACAAUAGAUUGCUGGGAAAAUUCGAUCUUACCGGAAUUCCUCCAGCUCCUAGGGGCACACCUCAGAUUGAAGUGACAUUCGAGGUCGACGCCAAUGGAAUCCUGAAUGUUAAAGCCGAAGACAAAGGCACUGGAAAAUCAGAAAAGAUCACGAUCACGAACGACAAGGGCCGGCUCAGCCAGGAGGAGAUUGAGCGGAUGGUGCGGGAGGCGGAGGAGUUUGCCGAGGAGGACAGGAAGGUGAAGGAGAAGAUCGACGCCCGCAACCAGCUAGAAACCUACGUCUACAACAUGAAGAACACCAUCAAUGACAAGGACAAGCUCGCCGACAAGCUCGAGAGUGAAGAGAAGGAGAAGGUGGAGGCCGCCCUUAAGGACGCGCUGGAGUGGUUGGACGACAACCAGAACGCGGAGAAAGAGGACUACGACGAGAAGCUUAAGGAGGUGGAGGCCGUGUGCAACCCCGUUGUUUCCGCGGUUUAUCAGCGGUCCGGUGGGGCGCCCGGAGGAGGCUCGGAUGAUGACGACUCGCAUGACGAGCUUUGAAGCGUCUUCUCUUUCGUUCUUUGUGGAUAAAAUAUUCGUUUGAGAUUGCGAACGGUUCAUUGAUGUAAAUUUUUGUGGUAGGUUGGGGAGGGUCGCUAGAGUAAGGGGAGCAUGAAUGGGUGCAUAGGGGGGUGAAAUGCGGAUGUUUUUAUUUCGGUUUUGUCUUUGUUUUUCUCUCUCCUUUUUACAUGGACUAGCUAAUCACAUAUUAUAGAUCUCUUUAGUUACAGCGCAGCAUUCUUCUAUUAAAACUCCUUGUUUUCUGAUUCA